GGAAGGAUGAGCAGCGGUUGUGUAAUUUGGGUGAAGGAGGAGAAAAGAGGAGACUGAAGGAGUGAAGCAGGAGGAGCUGUGCAGACGUCUGCAGCAGCGAUGGAGCUAAGGUGGGCUAAAAAAUUAUUGCUAACAGGAGGAGUUCUGCUUGUUCCUGUUUUCGCCCUCGUUACGUCCGUGGUGUUCUGGCCCGGAGUGCUGCUGAAGGCCUACAGCUGGUACAUGUGCCUGUCGCAGGGCGUGGCGGUCUGCUACUCCCACAGUGCAAGUUACCGCUUCUGUUAUUCCACCCGCGGGACACCAGGGGGCGCCACGCCGACGCUGCUGCUGCUGCACGGGUUCUCCACCUCCAAGGAAAUGUGGCUGUCUGUCAUCAAGGAGACACAUUUGCUGCCCCUGGAGUUGGAGAGACUAUGCCGAGAUUGGGUGGGUCAGUACCUCCCCAGAAACCUGCAUGUGGUUUGUUUGGACAUGCCUGGACAUGAAGGGACGAGUCGAACUGGUGCAGAAGAUUACAGCAUCCAGGGUCAGGCCAGGCGAGUCCAUCAGUUCGUCCGCAGCGUCGGUCUGGAUAAAUCGCCGUUCCACCUGGUCGGCGCCUCCAUGGGCGGGAACGUGGCGGGCGUCUACGCCGGUCUUUACCCGGCUGACGUCUGCAGCCUCACCUUGGUGUGUCCAGCAGGUCUGGUUUACCCCACAGAGUCCAGCUUCAUCGCCCUUGUGAAGGAGCUGGACCUGGAGAAGCCCAUCGCGCCCAGCAAGCCCAUCCCGCUCAUCCCCACCUCUAUGCAGGAGCUGGAGGCCAUGCUGAAGCUGUGCUGCUACAAAUCGCCCAAAAUCCCCCACCAGUUCCUCCGGGGCCUUCUGGCCAACAGGAUCCCAAACAACAACUUCUACAGAGAAGUGUUCCUGGCGAUCAUUGGGGAGAAAUCUCGGCACUCGCUGCAACAACACCUGAAUCUGAUCACAGCGCCCCUGCAGGUCAUCUGGGGGAAGAACGACCAGAUCCUGGAUGUUUCUGGAGCCGCGGUGAUCCAGAAGGCGCUGCCUCACUGCCAGGUGGAUUUGCUGGACAACUGCGGUCACGCCAUUGCCUUGGAGAGGCCGAGGAAAUUUGCUAACAUUGUGCUGGACUUCCACAAUAAAGCAAAGAAACAAGCCUGAGCGGAGGAGGAGCCAAAACCAGAACUUAAAGCAUUUAUUUUAACUGACAGAUGAGUCUCAUCUUGUUAGCAAAAAUCAUUCCAUGGGAGGAAUUUGACUAAUUUUUCUCUGAAAAAGCGUUUGUUUCCUUCUUUGUAGGGAACAAUUGGUGAUUUUAACUUCACAGGAAACAAGUCUAAGAACCAGAGCUGAGGGUGGAGACUUUCCUAAAAGAAAAACUUCCCGUUAACAGGAAGAAUUUCCACAAAAAGUUAACACUGCACCAAUUGUUUGAGUUGGUUAAAAAUUAUACAAGUAAGCUCAAGCAAUGCCUCAUAUUGAGGAUCCAUCUGGUGACAGUGGAGGAAAAACCUCCCUUUUACAGACUUUCCAGAAAUUAUUUUAACACUUCACCAAUGAUUUAAAUGGGUUAAGCCCGUGUGAACAUUACCUCUGUGACCUCCGACCUGCAGCUGCAGCUGUUCUCUCCACCCACAGUUGUCAUCCAUAAAAAAAUGAAGUUGCGUGAAGCCUCAUUGCAGAAAAUGAGGCUUCGUGUCGUCUGGAAGAAAUGAAAUUCCAUGAGGAUGUGAAUUGUUUCAAUGUAAAAAUAAAAUCGGUUUUCACGUUUAAAUUUUCAAA